GGGCUGUCCUUCGUUAGCUAACGCAGAGCAAGCUAAACACAAACAGCGAUGUCAACUUCUCCAGUUUAACUUCGUUCAUAGUGAAGCACCAAAUUUGUCCCUCAGAGUCUGAGCAGGGGGCGGUGGCCUGGAAUUGAAGCUAAUGUCAGAUUGUCCCGAUGAGGACGGGGGUCUGCAGCCACCUGCCCCACCAGGCACAGCCAUUUUAUUGGACAAUAACUCACAGUCUGAGACCACUGAUACAUCACCAGAAGACAAGGUGACCCCUGUUGUAGAUGAGGCUUCACCAUCCUCCACUUCUUCUUUUGAGAUGCUUGACAUGGAGGCACCACCUGCUCCCUACCAGGAGGUUCGGCCUCACUGGUUUUUCUGUAGGCGUGCUGAUGACAGCACAUCUUGGCAACCCUUCAGCUUAGUGGACUCUGUGAAACUAGAGUCUGCUUACAACACUGGGAGUAGUCAGGAAGUACUGGUGGCUGUGGAUGGAGAGCGAUAUGAUGUGCACAUUAAUGAGAGAAAGCGCUUUGCUGUGUACUGGGAACAAGCACCCACUGAGGUCCGCCGUUGCACUUGGUUCUACAAAGGAGAUAAAGACACCAGAUUCAUGCCCUACUCUGAAGACUUUAGUCAGAGUUUAGAGGAUGCCUAUAAGGAAGCAAUAACCAAAGAUGAGUGGAAAAAAAAGCUGGAGUUUCCCACAGGAGAAACUGUAAUAAUACACAACCCUAAACUCAUAAUGCAAUAUCAACCAAUAUUUGCACAAGAUGAGUGGGUGUCCUCCCCAUCAGAGAACACUCGACCCAGAACAGUAAAGAGAGGCGUAGACAGCAUUUCUGUAGAAAUACCUGAUGGUGAACCAGACAAUGUUGACCAUCUUGUUUUUAUGGUUCAUGGCAUUGGUCCUGCAUGCGAUCUACGCUUCAGAUCUAUCAUACAGUGUGUUAAUGAUUUCAGGAGUGCAUCUCUGUCCCUUCUGGCCUCUCAUUACAAACGAGCUCAGCUGGAGGACAAAAUAGGGAGAGUUGAGUUUCUUCCUGUGAAUUGGCACAGUGCUCUACACGGUGAUGCAACUGGGGUGGAUGAGGACAUCCAGCGCAUAACUUUGCCCAGUAUUAGUCGGUUGAGACACUUCACCAAUGAUACUCUACUGGACCUGUUUUUCUAUAACAGCCCCACAUACUGUCAGACUAUAGUGGACACUGUGGCCUCAGAGAUCAACAGGCUGCAUGCACUAUUUAAAGAGCGACAUCCAGAGUUUAAAGGGGCAGUUUCUAUUGUGGGCCACAGCCUGGGCUCACUGAUACUAUUUGACAUGUUAACAAAUCAGAAGACUGGAUCGGAGGCCAACACAGUGAAAAAGAGGGAAGAGUCAAGCUGUCGAGCACAACAUGACACUUUGGGGCAGUUUCUGACCCACAUGGGCUUACAACAGUACCUUAGACUUCUGCAGGCUGAAGACUUGGAUCUUGAAUCUUUGGCUCUAUGUUGUGACAAUGACCUUAAAGAUUUAGGAAUUCCUCUUGGUCCUCGUAAAAAGAUCUUAAAUGCUGCCAGAAGAAAAGUAUUCCCAAAGGAUUCCAGGCAAAGUUCAGUGGUUCUGGCACCGGAAUUUCAUGGUUCCUCUCAGGAUUCGUCCACCAGCGAUCACAAUGAUAAUCAAUCUUCAGGGUUGGUGACGCAGCAGUCCCAGCUGCACAGAGCCCAAUCUGUCACCAGUGCUGUUGACUAUGAGCACUUUGAUGUAGGCAUCGGUCAGGUCUCCAUUGACUACCCACAGCUGGCAUUCCAUCCACAGACUUUUUUUGCAUUUGGCUCUCCCAUCGGGAUGUUUUUGACUGUGCGUGGGCUUAAACGCAUUGAUCCAAACUACACCUUUCCAACCUGCAAGAGUUUUUACAACAUCUAUCACCCUUAUGAUCCUGUAGCUUAUCGGAUAGAGCCCAUGAUUGUGUCAGAUGUGGAUUUGGAGCCCAUGCUCAUACCUCACCAUAAAGGCCGCAAGAGGAUGCAUCUGGAACUGAAGGACAGCCUAACUCGUAUGGGCAUGGACAUAAAAAAUAAUGUCUUAGGCUCCUUGCGGACAGCAUGGCAGUCUUUUGCUCGACUCCCUGUUGCUGCUUUGCCACCAGUUGAAGCAGGAGACUCUUCAAUAGAGGGAAACCUACAAGAUGCACAGGGUGAAUGUGUUGAGGCAGAGUUCCCAGUUUCCCCAGAGGAGCCAGAGCAACCGCAGAUCAAAAUGGGCAUGUUGAAUGGAGGGCGUAGAAUAGACUAUGUUCUUCAAGAGAAACCCAUUGAGAGCUUCAAUGAAUACCUGUUUGCUAUCCAGUCCCACCUGUGUUACUGGGAGUCAGAGGAUACUGCACUUCUGGUUCUAAAGGAAAUAUAUGACAAACUUGGUGUGGCUUUUGACCAACCUCAACAGUAUUGAAGUUAGACGUUUUCAGUCUCUUUCUUGCCUUACCAUAUGUGAGUAGUUUGUAUGGAUAUGGCGCCCACUACCCCAAACUCAGAAAAUGUAAUUUUAUUUCAGCACUUUUCGGUAUUUUUUGCAAUGCACUUUAGCUCCCUUAUUUACAUAUCCUUUUAAUUAUCAUUCUAAAUAUAUGCUGUGUAGGAAGUUAUUGGAAGGCUUGCAUAUGUUACAACCAUAAACACCUUGUGUAUGUAUUAAAUUAGUUUAAAAUGCUUUUACAUAAAGACAUUAACACUAUUGUAAAACAAAUGAACUGAAAAGAAACUAAUUAUACUAUCUAUCUCUUAACCUCUCAGACCUCAUCAUGUAUCUUUAUUAUAUUUUUAGCACCUGAAUAUGUUUGACCUCUGAAAAAUAAUUAUUGAUGUGUUUCAACAUGCUCGGCAGCUGCAUUUUUUUCAGUAGAAUAAUACUGAAGUAAUUUCUUUAAUGUCUUGCCUCAUUGAAAAUCAUGAUCAUAUUAGUGUCUGUUUUUAUUUAGUUGAAAGAUUAGCUUUGUCUUGUGCAGCCUUCAGAUUCCGAAUUACCACGGACUGUUCAAAACAAUUACUGGUUGCUGUUGAAACUAGAUUUUUUUGUUUAUUUUAUGCCAAAGACUGAAAACAUUUAACAGUUGACAAAUAACAAUAAUAUAUUGUCAGAAUUGUCUUUCAUUUAUAAUGGUGGAUUUGCACUGAGAAUAGUACUGUUUUGGUUUGUCAUUUCAUGAUCAGUCAUCAUCUUAUUUUUUCUUUAACUUUUCUACAGGAACACUUAAGUUGUAAUAUUUUCGCAGUGAACACAAAAUAGCAUACUAAUAAAUCUACUCGAUAAUA